AUGGGCCUCAGUUUUGAUGUUUUUUCAAGUCGACGACCAGGGGUGAAUCGCACUACACCUCCCGGGCUGGAAAGCUUCGAAUGGGUCCCAACAACAUCCACCUUAAUCUAUGGUGUAACAGAUGCGGUCCUUGUUGAUACGCAACUCACAACAGAGGCUGCAAACUCUUUGGCCGACUGGGUGGCCGCGAAGGGAACGAACCUUACCACAAUCUACAUCACUCAUGGUCAUGGCGAUCACUUCUUUGGCAACUCGAUCUUACUGAAGCGCUUUCCGGAUGCAAAAAUUGUGUCUACUCAGGAGGUAGUUUCACGGAUGCGUACCGAAUCAUCGUCAGACCGAGUGGACAAUUUUUGGAAUAAAUUAUUCCCGGGAGAAAUUCCGGACAACUUCGUUUAUGGAGAGCCCCUGCAGCAAGAUGAGAUAGAGCUUGAAGGCGAGAAAUUAGCGGUUGUACGAAUCGGUCAUACCGAUUGCGACGACACUACCGCGCUCUGGGCACCGUCGAUUGGUCUGCUAGUAGCCGGUGAUUCUGUUUAUGGUAAUACUUAUCCCUACCUUGGAGAGUCAGUCACUCAGGAAGCACGUUCGGCUUGGAUCACCGCUCUGGAUCGUAUCGCCGACCUUCAGCCAAAGUUCGUUGUGGGAGGCCACAGUGACCCGGAAAAGGGCUAUACACCAAUUGCUAUUACGGAGACCAAAGGAUAUUUGGAAGAUUUUGAGCGCAUUGCACAGCAAUCUACUACAGCCGAGGAAAUCUACAAUAGCAUGCUCCAUCUUCACCCAGGCCGAUUGAACCCUGGCUCACUAUGGGGAGGCGCGGCUCUGGUCGCGACAAAGGCCGCGACUUGA